GAUCUUCUACAAUGUCAUCAUCUCUUUGAUGGAGACGUGGCUCUCUGUCGUCUCCAUUUAUAUAUCAAAAUUCCUUUCUCAAUUCUUAUCCCACCAACCAUUUCUCUCUCAAAUUCAAAUUCAUCAUGGCAAGGAACGGUUUGUUUUCUCGAAGAUGGAUGUCACCUGAAACAGAUCAGUUUGCCGAUGUUCAUGUCCUAGCUGUCGAUGAUAGCCUCGUUGAUCGCAAAGUCAUUGAACGUUUGCUUAAAAUCACCUCUUGUAAAGUCACGGCCGUUGAAAGCGGUUGGAGAGCUUUGCAAUACUUAGGUUUAGAUCAGGAGAAGACCUCACCUGAUUUCGUUAAUGAAUUGAAGGUGGAUCUGAUAAUCACAGAUUACUGUAUGCCUGGAAUGACUGGCUAUGAAUUGCUCAAAAAAAUCAAGGGAUCAGCAACUUUCCGAGAGGUGCCAGUAGUGAUCAUGUCUUCAGAAAACGUUGUGGCACGGAUUGACAGGUGUUUAGAAGAAGGUGCAGAAGAUUUCAUUGUAAAACCUGUAAAAUUAUCCGAUGUCAAACGAUUGAAAGAUUACAUGUUUGGCGAAAACCGGGGAACAAGCCCUCCUAAUAACAUCAACAACAAAGAAGAAAAAACAAGUUUCAACAAAAGAAAACUUCAAGAAAUGUCCGAUACCUCCCCCUCCCCCUCCCCCUCACCCUCACCGUCCCCUUCUCCAUCCUCCUCCCCAUCACCGCCAACGGUGUCUCCUUCCACCUCCCCAUCACCUCCAACGAUAUCUCCGUCCACCUCCCCAUCACCUCCAACGAUAUCUCCGUCCACCUCCCCAUCACUGCCAACGACAUCUCCCACGACAUCUUCGUCACCACCACAAUCGCCAUUGUCGUCGUCGUCAUCGACACCUCCCUCCUCACCACCCUUUUCACCCUCACAACUAGAUUCCCCAACAAUGCGACUUAAGGUGACCAACUCCGAUCAAGCCUAAUAUUUUUCAAUUUUUACCCCUUGAUAAUCUCAUCUUUUUUAUUAAUUACAUGAUAGACAAGGCAAGUAUUUGUACAUUUAAAAGUUGUUUUUUUUUUCUUUUUUUUAUCUUUCUGAUGGCUUGUCCCCCUUCUUACCUUUUUGUUCAAGUGAAUUCACAAAUAUUACAAUUUUGAUAUGAUUUCUAA